AUGGCUGCAAUCAGAAAAAAGCUGGUAAUUGUGGGCGAUGGAGCCUGCGGAAAGACUUGCCUGCUGAUCGUCUUCAGUAAGGAUCAGUUCCCAGAUGUGUACGUACCUACCGUAUUCGAGAAUUACGUAGCUGACAUAGAAGUUGACGGGAAGCAGGUAGAGCUAGCUUUAUGGGAUACCGCAGGUCAGGAAGACUACGAUCGCCUCCGUCCACUUUCCUAUCCCGAUACCGACGUGAUACUCAUGUGCUUCAGCAUUGACUCACCCGACUCCUUGGAGAAUAUACCUGAAAAGUGGACACCAGAGGUGCGGCAUUUCUGUCCGAACGUUCCCAUAAUUCUUGUUGGUAACAAGAAAGAUUUACGAAAUGAUCCUCAAACAGUUCGUGAACUGGCUAAGAUGAAGCAGGAGCCAGUGAGACCAGAGCAAGGCCGCGCGAUAGCCGAACAGAUUGGUGCUUUUGCCUAUCUCGAGUGUUCUGCGAAAACCAAAGAUGGUAUCCGUGAAGUAUUUGAAAAGGCCACGCAAGCUGCACUGCAACAGAAGAAAAAGAAGAAGACCAAGUGUGUGUUGCUGUAGAAGAGUCUUCACAACGCUUCGCUUGUUUCGUCUCACCUCGUAUGCAUCAUCACUGUGACUACGCGACUUUUAUUGUUGUACGAGGAGGAAUCUUUUUUGAUCCCGUGUAGCUCUCUGCUCUUUUCAUCCCCACCCUGCGAUCUGCCAAGGUGCUGCCGGCCCUAGCUAUCGACUACUUCUCCAAUUUCUGAUCUUUGAUUUGGUAAUUUACGCACCAAAUAUCGUCGUUAUCAGAUUACCAUCCGCUCCGCCGACACCCUUCUUCAUCAUCAUUGGCCUCCUGUUUAGCUUUUUCGUCAUCCAUCAUGUAUUCUCUGGCUAUAUGUCAAAGUUCAGAUGUUAAAAUUUGCAUUGUAACAAUUACAGUUCUCUUAUCAUUUUAUUCGAGAUGAAUGAUUAAUAAUGAUCUA